UCCCAGAGGAAGAAAAUGUCCAACAGCAGCUCCACCACAAAGUUCCUCCUCCUGGCAUUCACAGACACACGGGAGCUGCAGCUCUUGCACUUCUGGCUCUUCCUGGGCAUCUACCUGGCUGCCCUCAUGGGCAACGGCCUCAUCAUCACCGCCAUAGCCUUUGACCACCGCCUCCACACCCCCAUGUACUUCUUCCUCCUCAACCUCUCUGUCAUCGACCUGGGAUCCAUCUCCACCACUCUCCCCAAAUCAGUGGCCAAUUCCCUCUGGGACAUUACGGACAUCUGUUACUUGGGAUGUGCUACUCAAGUCUUUUUUUUAUUUUUCUGUGCUACUGCAGAGUUUUCUCUUCUCACUGUCAUGGCCUAUGACCGCUAUGUUGCCAUCUGCAAACCCCUGCACUAUGGGACCCUCCUGGGCAGCAGAGCUUGUGUCCACAUGGCAGCAGCUGCCUGGGGCAGUGUUUUUCCCUAUGCUGUGCUGCACACAGUCAAUACAUUUUCAGUCCCCCUCUGCAAGGGCAAUGCUGUGGACCAGUUCUUCUGUGAAAUCCCCCAGAUCCUCAAGCUCUCCUGCUCAGAUGCCUACCUCAGGGAGGUUGGGCUUAUUGUGGUCAGUGCCUGUUUAGCACUUGGGUGUUUUGUAUUCAUUGUGGUGUCCUAUGUGCAGAUCUUCAGGGCCGUGCUGAGGAUCCCCUCUCAGCAGGGACGGCACAAAGCCUUUUCCACGUGCCUGCCUCACCUGGCCAUGGUUUCCCUGUUUAUCAGCACUGGCACGUUUGCCUACCUGAAGCCCCCCUCAAUCUCUUCUCCUUUGCUGGACUUUGUGGUUGCAGUCCUGUACGCGGCGGUUCCUCCAACAGUGAAUCCCCUCAUCUACAGCAUGAGGAACCAGGAGCUCCAGGAUGCUGUGUGGAAAUUGAUAACUGAAUGUUUUUUUAAAGCAACAAAAUUCUUCUGGGCAGCAGCUAUAAUGUAA